ACCAUAUUUUUAAUGUACGACAAUAUGGCCCGUCGUUAAAACAUUAUCCCUUCCGUAACUUCCAAUAAUCGGUUUUCUUUAAUUUGUUUCUAAAAAAUUAUCAUUAUAUAUGGAUUUGCAAAGUCAAGUACAAGAUCUUUUGGAUUUAUCCGGUCAUGUCACUUUCUGAUACUCUUAUCCGAAAAAAAACUUUAGCAAAGAGCGAUUGCGAAGAAGACUUGAAUGAUUUGUCUUAUGACAUAGCUCUAGCCUCAAAAUCCUUACAAGUCUUAGAAGUACGUCGUGAGAUUCGAGCUGUUAUUGGUGAAUUAACGGAAAUUAAAGAAAAAAUUGAAAAUUAUGGAGAUAAUCUAUCUAGUAAUUGGUUUGAUUACGUCCAAGACACAAUGGAGAGUUUACACUUACUUUUGAAAAAAGGAAUUGAAAUCGCAUCCACUGAAAAUCCGGCCCUUGAACAAAAAUCUAAUUCGUAUGAACAUUAUAAGGAACCACCAUCAUCUGAAAAUAUUGUAUAUAGAAACCGUAUUCAUCGCGAAAUACCACAAACACUACAACCUCCUCACUGUAAUAACUCCAAAGAUAGAUCUAUUAGUAUUAUCGUUCAUAGUGAUCAUGAUCUAGAGGAUCUUUCAGAGACAAUUCAUGAUAGUUGCACAGAAACAAAUACAAUAAGGGGUCGUACAAUGGACUCAGAAAAUGCAUCAGCUGCCCAUUUGUUCGUUGCAAAUCUUGGUUUAAAAAAAUCUCCUUCAAAAUCUUCCACAACUACUUUCAUUUCAUCAGAUCAAAUUUGCACAAACACUACAAACACUGCACGUGUUCCAUUCUGGUCUACUGAAGCUACAAAGGAGAGUGAUUUAUCUGCUGCAAAACACUUGUCUCAAUUAAUAAUUCAUGAGAAUGAUGAACUGGAUGAUGAGUUUGUUGAUGCUGUUGAAAGUCAAGAAUCUAACUUUGGAGAUAUACGAAUUAAAGAAUUAUCGUCUUUUACACAUAAUUAUAAUAUUUUAAAGCGAACAAGUUCUAUUUAUUCCCUACCGACUACUCUUAAUACGAUUGAAGAUGAUUCAUAUUCACAUAUGGUAUAGUGAGUGAUUAUGAUGACAAUUUUUCCGAUACGUCUUUUGCUCCUUCCGAUUCACUACCACCAUCUUCACCACAACCUUUUCAGAUUAGCUUAGAUCGUUG